CAGCAAUAAAUGUAAUAUUGAAGUUUAGCGUUGAUAACGAAACCGACGAAGUAUACCGACACGAAUACCGGUUUACGCCAUAAUACGAGUACAUGAUGUGUCUCUCUCUUUAUUCGUGUGACUAAUUUUAAUUUUAUUCGUGUGUAGAGCUCGAUAUCUCUGCAAGUGGUUUGCGGUCGAAUGUUGUGAUUUUAUCGGUUCCAAACGGUUAUUUUUAUACAUAUUUUUCUAAAAAUGUCGCUAAUUGUGGAAGUCAAUCAAGGUAAAUUGCAAGGGGCGGAGAAUAAAUCUAAAUUGAGUGGGAAUACCUACUAUACGUUUGCUGGAAUUCCUUACGCUAAGCCACCGAUUGGAGAACUCAGGUUCAAGCCUCCAGUUCCGAGUGAAAAAUGGCAAGGUGUCUACGACGCUACUCACGAAAGGGAUUCGUGUAUCCAAAAAGAUUAUUUUCUAUCAGGACAACACGUAGGAGCUGAAGAUUGCUUAUAUCUGAAUAUCGAUACUCCGGAGGUUCCAUCCGAGAUUAAAGUUCCUAAGGCUGUGAUGGUUUUUAUUCACGGUGGCGGAUUUUUCACCGGAUCUGGUUCAGAAAAAAUGUACGGAGGAGAUUUCCUAAUGAAUCACGAUGUCAUUCUGGUUCGAAUUAAUUACAGAUUGCACGUAUUAGGAUUUUUAAAUCUUGGUCUGGAAGAUUGCCCUGGAAAUGCUGGUUUGAGAGAUCAAGCCCUAGCUAUCAAAUGGGUGAAAGAAAAUAUCGAUAAAUUCGGAGGAGAUCCGAAUAAUAUUACUAUUUUUGGCGAAAGCGCCGGAGCUUCUUCAGUCCACUUUCAAAUCCUGUCACCCUUGACCAAAGGUUUAUUCAACAAAGCCAUCAUUCAAAGUGGCUCCGGCUUGACCCCUUGGGCGUUGACUUUCAAUUAUAAAGAAAUGGCAUUUGAACUCGGUGAAAGACUCGGUUUCAAAGGUACCUGUUCCGAAGAACUAUUACAAUUUUUGAGAGCUCAACCUGCAAAAGACUUGACUAAACACGUUUUUGAUAUGACCGAUGACUUGAAAACUAGAUAUCCUGGAAGAUGUACCACGAUUCCAUUUUCGCCUUCAAUCGAAGAAAUCAAAGAAGGAGCAUUUUUACCAGAUUUACCCCAAAAGCUUCAAGAAUCAGCUGAACCUCUUCCGUUAAUUUAUGGAGUAAAUAAUAAAGAAGGAUUUCUUUUAUUUGCUGCUCUGGCAAGCAAUAUAGCGGAAUUAAUUCGUGAUGACUUCAGUUUAGUUUUGAAAUAUAAUUUCAAAAUCGAUCCUGCCUUAUUACCCGAAGUCAGCGCUAAAAUCAAGAAGUAUUAUUUCGGUGAUAAAGAAGUCGGUCUGGAUACCGCGGAUACUUUAGUCGAUUUAUAUUCGGAUAUAUAUUUUUACCUUUUGUACGAGCCAAUCGAAUUCGUCACCAAGUCAUCCAUCCCUCCGUAUGUGUACAAUUUUGCUUACAAUGGUGGUCACAAUUUCUUUAAGAAAGUUGUAUUCCGUACUUUGAAACUGGAAUGUAAUGGAGCUUCUCACGGAGACGAAUUAGGCUACCUCUUCCUCGCCCGUGUGCUUCCGAACCUUCCACCAUUAGAAGGCGAUGAUCUCACAGUCAUUCAAAACCUCACCACAUUAUGGACUAAUUUCGCUAAAACUGGAGUGCCUACUGACGAGUUGACGUGGACGCCUUCAACUUCGAGUCAACCUCGUUACUUGGAAAUUGACCGAACUCUUCAAUUGACCGAGGGCAAAUUGUACGGCGAACGGUUGCAAUUUUUAAAAGAUUUACUGGGUCCUAUUUGCAAACCUUUUGAUAUAUUUUAAACUCGUAUGCGUAUAAUACUCGUACCUUUUUGCUUUAUUAUAUAGUCCAUAAUCUCAUUUAUUUUUGUUACAUUGGUGUUUUAUACCGUGUUUUAUUUUAUGUAGAGAAUAAAAACGAAUGCAUUUAAGUAUCUAGAUAUGAGUAAAUACUCGUUUUGCACGUC